AUGUCCAACGAAACGUCUCAUCUCAUCAAUAAGAAGGGGAACACCAACUCAAAUCAGCAUUCAAAUUAUGAAAGCUUACCAUCUCCACGUCGUCCAAGAACUAAAGUCUCUAAUUUAAGAUAUUCAGAAUCACCUUCAAGAGCUACCAUAAGGUCAUUCAGUCCACAACCGUUACAUAAAUCUUCAUCAACUCUUUCGAAUGAAAGUUAUCAACCAUAUCAAGACCAAUAUGACUUGAAAUGGUCUCAAAGACUACCUUAUUAUUUGCCUUGUUAUUCAUGGAUUCCAGCUUAUAACUUCGAAAAAUUUUUAGGUGAUUUAGUAUCGGGUCUUUCAUUGGCUUCCUUCCAGAUUCCUUUGGCAUUAUCUUAUGCAACUUCAGUGGCUCAUGUUCCAGCUUUAUGUGGUUUAUACUCACUAGCCAUUCCACCAAUGAUCUAUGCUGUAUUUGGAUCCGUGCCUCAAAUGAUUGUUGGCCCAGAAGGUGCUAUAUCGUUAGUUAUAGGUCAAGCUGUUGAACCAUUAAUGGCUCAUGAUGAAAAACUUGAUCCAGUUGAUCUUGUCAGUGUCCUAUCAUGUAUCGGUGGUUUUUAUUUAUUAGGUGCUGGUCUUUGCAGAUUUGGAUUUUUAGAUAAUGUUUUAUCAAGAGCUUUAUUAAGAGGUUUCAUAUCAGCAGUUGGUAUUGUUAUGAUUAUAAACUCAUUAUUUGAUGAAUUAGGUUUAAAUCUAAUCAAAGACAUUCAAACAGAUUUCCAUUCCCCAGUGUUGAAACUGGUCUUCAUGCUCAAAAACUUGAACAAAGUUCAUAAACCUACUGCAUUGAUUAGUAUCAUUUCAUUCGUAUUGAUUUUCAUUACACAAAACAUCAAAAAGAGACUAAUAGCCAAAGGUCACAAAAAAUGGGUCUUUUUACCAGAAAUACUAAUCGUUGUUGUUGGUUCUACUAUAUUCUCAGCACAUUAUGGAUGGAAAAAGUUAGGUGUUUCAGUGGUUGGUAAAAUCAAGACCAAAGGAUUCUCAUAUAAAUUUCCAAUCUCUAAAGAAACAAUCCCUCUAUAUCAUAAAUUAAUGUCGUCGGGUUUUUUGGCAGCCACUUUAGGGUUUUUUGAAUCUACAACUGCAUCUAAAUCACUUGGUUCAGCUUAUGACUUGCCAAUUUCAUCAAAUAGAGAACUUGUUGCAUUAGGUGCCAUUAACCUCUGUGGUGGUAUAAUUGGUGCAUUACCUGCCUUUGGUGGUUAUGGUAGAUCAAGAAUCAAUGCUAUUAGCGGUGGACAAACGACAAUGUCAGGAUUUGUAAUGGGUUCAGUAACUUUAGUUAUUAUUUUUUGUUUUCUGAAAUAUAUUUAUUUUCUACCAAAUUGUGUUCUAUCAGUCAUAACGUCUAUUGUUGGUUUGAAACUUUUAGAAGAAACACCUGCAGAUCUACGAUUUCAUAUUAGAGCAAGAGGUUAUAGUGAGUUGAUUACAUUUUGCAUCACAAUUACAGCAACAUUAUUAUAUUCAGUUGAAGCUGGUGUUGCAUUAGGUGUUGCGUAUUCAGUUAUUCGUGUUAUCAAAAAUUCUGCUAAAUCGGGUAUCCAAAUUCUAGGAAGAAUUCCAAAUACAAACACAUAUGUCAAUGCAGAUGCUCCAUUGCCUCAAGAACAUGGUGAUUUAUUAGAAGAAAUUGAAGGAUGUAUGAUUGUUAAAAUUGCAGAACCAUUAACUUUCUCUAAUGCCUCAGACUUGAAACUUCGUUUAAUGAGACUCGAGAGAUAUGGAUCUGCUAAAACACAUCCAGCUGCUCCAAGAACAAGGAAUGACUUGAUGAAUAAACAUAUAAUAUUUGAUCUUAAUGGGAUGACAUAUUUUGAUUCAUCAGCGGCACAAAUUUUCCAUGAAAUUUUAAAUUCUUAUAGGAAGAAACAUAUUAAUAUUUAUUUGAUAAGAGUUCCAACAAAAUUUGGUAUAAGGAGACGUAUUAAAGAUUCUGGUAUUGAUGCAUUAAUUGACGGGAAAUUUUAUUCAACAAUUGAAGAAGUCUUAGCUUUGAUUGAUAGUGAAGAAUCUAGAAGGGAACAGUCAUCUGUUGAAAUCAGAGAAGUUUCUGAUACUCAGUCUAUUGUAUAA